GACAUCCCGCCCCCGCGCUACGUCACAUGACGUAGCCCAUCAUGGCGGCGGGAGCGCGGCUGCCCGGGCCCGCCGCUCCGCAGGGCUGCUGCCGUUGCUGCUGUUGAGAGGCGGCGGCGGCGGCGCAGGCGGGCGGGAAGGAUGGUGUUUCUGCGACUGGAGCGGCAGGUGCGGACCGGGAGCCGGACCGAGGUUUGGCAGAAGCAACGUGUGCUCGGGAGCAACCGGCGCGGGUGCCACUGAGGCAGCGGAGGGAGGCAGGAUCGACUGACGGGCAAACGGACGGACGGACGGAAGGCGACUCGAGAGCCGGCCCCGGAGCCGCGCCGUGGGCGAGAUGCCGGGGCCGCCGGCGUUGCGGCGGAGGCUGCUGCUGCUGCUGCUGGUCCUCCUGAUCGCCGGCAGUGCUGGGGCCGCGCCACUUCCGCAAACAGGUGCAGGGGAGGCGCCACCUGCUGCAGAAGUUUCCUCAUCUUUUGUGAUCCUGUGUGUGUGCAGUUUAAUAAUAUUAAUAGUGUUAAUUGCAAACUGUGUAUCCUGCUGUAAGGACCCAGAAAUAGACUUUAAGGAAUUUGAAGAUAAUUUUGAUGAUGAGAUAGAUUUCACACCACCAGCAGAAGAUACUCCCUCUGUUCAGUCCCCAGCAGAGGUCUUCACACUUUCAGUACCAAAUAUUUCACUCCCAGCUCCCUCGCAAUUCCAGCCUUCUGUAGAGGGAUUGAAGUCUCAAGUUGCCCGCCACAGUCUAAACUACAUACAGGAAAUUGGAAAUGGCUGGUUUGGAAAGGUUCUCUUGGGAGAGAUUUACACGGGCACUAGCGUAGCAAGAGUCAUCGUGAAGGAGUUAAAAGCAAGUGCCAGCCCAAAGGAACAAGAUACUUUUUUGAAAAAUGGAGAACCUUACUACAUUCUUCAGCAUCCAAAUAUUCUUCAGUGUGUUGGACAGUGCGUAGAAGCGAUUCCCUACCUCCUGGUGUUUGAGUUCUGUGACUUGGGUGACCUGAAGGCGUAUCUGCGCAGCGAGCAGGAGCACAUGCGGGGGGACUCACAGACCAUGCUGCUGCAGAGGAUGGCGUGCGAGGUCGCCGCGGGGCUGGCCGCCAUGCACAAGCUGCACUUCCUGCACAGUGAUUUAGCCCUGCGGAAUUGUUUUCUCACCUCCGACUUAAAUGUGAAAGUGGGAGAUUACGGAAUAGGAUUCAGCAGGUACAAGGAGGAUUAUAUUGAAACAGAUGAUAAAAAAGUUUUCCCUCUGCGAUGGACUGCUCCAGAAUUAGUAACCAGCUUUCAAGACAGACUGCUAACUGCAGAUCAGACUAAGUAUAGUAAUAUCUGGUCCCUGGGUGUGACACUUUGGGAGCUUUUUGACAAUGCCGCACAGCCGUAUUCAAACCUUUCCAACUUAGAUGUCCUCAACCAAGUCAUUAGAGAGAGAGACACAAAACUCCCGAAGCCCCAGCUGGAGCAGCCCUACUCUGAUAGAUGGUAUGAAGUCUUACAGUUCUGUUGGCUGUCACCAGAAAAGAGACCCGCGGCUGAAGAUGUGCACAGGCUGCUGACUUACCUGCGGCUGCAGAGCCAGCGGGACUCAGAGGUUGACUUUGAACAGCAGUGGAACGCUCUGAAGCCGAACACAAACAGCAGAGACUCCUCCAACAAUGCUGCAUUCCCAAUUCUCGACCACUUUGCCAGGGACCGGCUGGGUCGUGAAAUGGAGGAAGUCCUCACCGUGACCGAAACCAGCCAGGGCCUGAGCUUCGAGUAUGUCUGGGAGGCCGCUAAGCACGACCACUUUGACGAGCGCAGCCGGGGCCACCUGGACGAAGGCUUGUCCUACACGAGCAUCUUCUAUCCGGUUGAAGUUUUUGAGAGUUCGCUUUCAGAUCCUGGGCCCGGAAAGCAAGAUGACAGCGGCCAGGAUGUCCCCCUGAGGGUCCCUGGAGUGGUUCCUGUUUUUGAUGCCCACAACCUUUCUGUUGGAAGUGACUAUUAUAUCCAGUUAGAAGAAAAAAGUGGUAGUAACUUGGAGCUUGAUUACCCACCAGCGCUGCUCACAACCGACAUGGAUAAUCCAGAAAGGACUGGCCCUGAACUGUCCCAGCUCACGGCGCUCAGGAGCGUUGAACUUGAGGAGUCCAGUACGGAUGAGGACUUCUUCCAAAGCAGUACAGACCCCAAAGACUCUAGCUUACCAGGGGACUUACACGUGACCAGUGGCCCCGAGAGCCCUUUCAACAAUAUAUUUAAUGAUCUGGACAAAUCGGAAGAUUUGCCCAGUCACCAAAAAAUAUUCGACUUAAUGGAAUUAAACGGAGUUCAAGCCGACUUUAAACCUGCCACUUUAAGUUCCAGUUUGGAUAACCCCAAAGAGUCAGUCAUAACGGGCCACUUUGAGAAAGAAAAGCCCCGUAAGCUUUUUGACAGUGAGCCUCUCUGCCUAUCAGAUAAUCUUAUGCACCAAGAUAAUUUUGAUCCAUUGAAUGUUCAAGAAUUGUCAGAAAACUUUUUAUUUCUUCAAGAGAAAAACUUACUAAAAGGCUCAUUGUCCAGCAAAGAACACAUAAAUGAUCUUCAGACAGAACUUAAGAAUGCUGGUUUUACUGAAGCUAUGUUAGAAACGUCACGUAGAAACUCUUUAGAUACUGAGCUUCAGUUUGCUGAAAAUAAGCCAGGCUUGUCUUUGUUGCAGGAAAAUGUAAGCACAAAGGGUGACAAUACAGAUGUCAUGCUCACAGGUGACACUUUGAGCACCUCAUUGCAGUCUUCCCCGGAAGUGCAGGUACCUCCUACCUCCUUCGAAACAGAAGAAACGCCCCGUCGGGUACCCCCAGACUCACUCCCAACACAGGGAGAAACCCAGCCCACGUGUUUAGAUGUUAUUGUCCCGGAGGACUGUCUCCGCCAGGACAUCAGUCCAGACGCUGUGACUGUCCCGGUUGAAAUUCUCUCAACCGAUGCCAGAACCCACAGCCUGGAUGACAGGUCCCAGGACUCUCCUGGCGAGAGUGAGGAGACCCUGCGGCUCACCGAAAGUGACUCUGUUCUUGCUGAUGACAUCCUUGCCAGCAGGGUGAGUGUAGGGAGUAGUCUCCCGGAACUGGGACAGGAAUUACACAAUAAACCAUUUUCGGAAGACCAUCACAGUCAUCGCCGGCUAGAGAAAAACUUAGAGGCUGUGGAGACUUUAAAUCAGCUCAAUUCUAAAGACGCAGCAAAAGAAGCAGGCUUGGUGUCUGCCCUCUCCUCGGACUCAACCAGUCAGGACAGCCUCCUGGAGGACAGCUUGUCAGCACCCUUCCCAGCCUCUGAGCCGUCCCUGGAAACCCCGGACUCUCUGGAGUCAGUGGAUGUCCACGAAGCGCUACUGGACUCUUUAGGAUCUCACACUCCCCAGAAACUAGUGCCCCCCGAUAAGCCGGCAGACAGCGGCUACGAAACAGAGAACUUGGAGUCUCCUGAGUGGACCUUGCAUCCCGCUCCCGAGGGCACCGCAGACUCAGAACCAGCCACCACGGGCGAUGGCGGCCACAGUGGUCUGCCUCCCAACCCGGUCAUUGUCAUCUCAGAUGCCGGCGAUGGUCACAGAGGCACAGAAGUGACCCCUGAGACAUUCACAGCUGGCUCCCAGGGUUCAUACCGAGACUCUGCGUACUUCUCAGACAAUGACUCUGAGCCCGAGAAAAGGUCUGAGGAGGUCCCGGGAACCUCCCCAUCCGCCUUGGUGUUGGUACAGGAGCAGCCCCUACCUGAGCCAGUCCUCCCCGAGCAAAGUCCUGCUGCCCAGGAUAGCUGCCUGGAAGCCAGAAAGAGCCAGCCAGAUGAAAGUUGUCUGUCUGCUUUGCACAACUCCAGUGACCUGGAAUUAAGAGCCACGCCGGAGCCAGCACAGACUGGUGUUCCCCAGCAGGUGCAUCCCACGGAAGACGAGGCCAGCAGUCCCUGGAGUGUGCUGAACGCAGAACUUAGCAGCGGCGAUGACUUCGAGACACAGGACGAUCGCCCCUGCACCCUCGCUUCCACGGGGACCAACACGAACGAACUCCUUGCCUACACCAAUUCUGCGCUGGACAAGUCCCUGUCCAGCCACUCCGAGGGCCCGAAGUUGAAGGAGCCGGACAUCGAAGGGAAGUACCUGGGGAAACUCGGGGUGUCAGGGAUGCUCGACCUCUCAGAGGACGGGAUGGAUGCGGACGAGGAGGACGAAAACAGCGACGACUCGGACGAGGACCUGCGGGCCUUCAACCUGCAUAGCCUCAGCUCCGAGUCGGAGGACGAGACCGAGCACCCCGUGCCCAUCAUCCUCAGCAACGAGGACGGAAGGCACCUGCGGAGUCUGUUGAAGCCCACAGCGGCCGAUGCCCCCGACCCGCUGCCCGAGGACUGGAAGAAGGAAAAGAAGGCAGUCACGUUUUUCGAUGAUGUCACAGUCUACCUGUUUGACCAGGAGACCCCAACCAAAGAGCUGGGGCCCUGUGGAGGAGUGGCGUGCGGCCCGGACCUGAGCGGCCCAGUCCCAGCCUCAGGCUCUCCCUACCUGAGCAGGUGCAUCAACUCCGAAAGCUCCACCGACGAAGAAGGUGGUGGCUUUGAGUGGGAUGAUGACUUCUCCCCAGAUCCUUUUAUGUCAAAGACAACAAGUAACCUGCUCAGCUCCAAGCCUUCUCUCCAAACAUCCAAGUACUUUUCUCCGCCGCCACCGGCCCGGAGCACGGAGCAGAGCUGGCCGCACUCGGCGCCUUACUCCCGGUUCUCCAUCUCUCCCGCCAACAUUGCCAGCUUUUCCCUCACACACCUGACCGACUCGGACAUCGAGCAGGGCGGAAGCAGCGAAGACGGAGAAAAGGACUAGGUGGCUGCCAACGCGCACGCUCGGGUCCGAGGCUGCUCCCCUGGAGCGGCGCCCCUGCGCCCUCAGCCCGAGCAGCGACAUCCACUCGCCAUUUGCUGACAUGAGAUUGGGAGGAAGAAUCCAGAGGUGAAGAGGGAGACGGCUCUUAGCUGCGUUCAAGGCGGGGCCCUCGGGAGCCCAGGUGCAGAGCGAGGCCGUGUCCAGGAGCCGGCGUCCCUCAGUGCACCGUGCACCCGCGGCCGCGGCCUCCCAGGCAGUGCUCAUGCGCUGGCCGUCGGGGGAGGCAGGGGCACAGCCUCCAUGUGCGCGCGCGCGUGUGGAGCUGUGUGCACCGCAUGUGUGCUUUCCACAGGGGCGUCUCUGCCUCCACGCCUGCACAUCCCGGCACACGUGUGGGCACCACAGAGGACACGUGAGGGGAAUGGUCACCAGUGAGCCAUAUUUAUUAUUUCUAGAGAAAUCACGAACUGCUCUCUGUAAUUGCACUGUGGAUAAAUGUUCCGAGAGUCUCCAUUGUUGUACAGGAUCUUCAAUUAUUCGAGGAGAAUGAGGCAGGUCAAGCCGAUGCUAGCCACUAGUUUGAUUUUUUUUCUGUUUUAUAGUUUGCGCUGCAUGGUACUUGUGAAGCUUAAAUAUUUUGAGUGUUCUACUGUGUCUAGGAUUGUUGGGAUUGUACAUAUGGUACUCUUUCAUAAAUGAUAAAUGAUUCUGAAUGUUAGUGUUUUAUGUUCAUAUAGGAAAUAUUUUCAUUGAGUCCAAAAUACCACUGUUUUGUUGAUGGAA